UUUCCGUAUUUUAUCUUUUUAUCCUAGGAGAAUAAUCAUAUUUUCUAUGUAAUUAUAACAAUGAUAAUAUCAAAAGUUUAUACAGUUCGUUUUUAAUAAAAACAUUGUCUAUAUUUUCUUCAGAAGCACAGUUAUGAUUUAAACAAUUAACUUAAUAUUUUUCUCAUUCAGGAAUAAGAAAAAUAUUAUUAAUCUCUAACAGAAUAAUUUAUUAACGUAAAAAAUUACCGCGUUAACAGAAUUGAUAACCUCUUCCCCUUCCCUCCUCCCUCGAAAAAAAUUAUAGCUACGCCCGUGAUUCGUGUGCAACGUCGUUAUAUUUUUUCCCGAUUUCUUUACAAUUAUCCUUGAUUUUAGUAGCAGGAGGUUACGUAAAUUUGUAUUUUCACGAAAUGACACGUAGCGAGGCGAAUUUUCAAUAUACGAAGUAACGCUCGCGUCUAAAUGGCUUCUCGGUAGAGAAGUCGGAGCUCGGAGCAGCUACGGUUCCGCUUGUGUACGCGCGCGUUGCAUACGUCGGUCGCGUGACGUCGCGGCCUUCGGCCGGGCUCGGUUCCGCUCGGCGCCGCCUGAGGGCGACACCGACCGGCACCGCGCGCCACCCGCGCGACGCUACAUCUCUCGGCGGCGCGUGGAAGCAACAGCUGACCCGCGCGGCGGACAGUAGCUCUCUCGCCUCCUGGAGCGGCACUUCGUCACUUUCGCACUCGUGCGAAAAAUUCCCCCGAACGUGCGAGAGCGGAGCGCGAGAAGGAGGAGAAGUCGCGUCGCCAUCUUUAGGCACGGUCGUACCUAUCGGCCGCCGUCGCCGUCGUCGCUAGGCCGCGCCGACGACAAUCGGAGUAAACGACACGUCGUUGUUGCGCCAGUGUGCCGUGUGUGUGCGUGCGUAUACGCGCCUCCGUGGACGGGACGGGACGCAACGCGACGCGACGCGACGCCGGGAACGUGAAGCGACCUCGCCGCUGCCGCCGUAGCGGAGCUCGCUCCGAUAUCGACUGUGCCGCCCCGACGUCGCGCUCGAUUUACAUUUAUUACGUGCCGGGGGCGCGAGGAGAACGAGGAGAAGGACGAGGAGGUGCGGCGCGCCGCGAGUAGCCAGACGUCGUCGUCGUCUCCCUCUCUCGUCUUCGUUCUUUCCGUCUACUCCGGUCUGAAGCUGCUCUCUCUCGCCUGAUACUUAGGCGAAGGCAUCACGAGGAGGACCGCUGGUGGUGAGUAGGACGAGCAGCGACGGUCGUUCGGUCGGUCAGGACGCGCGUCGCCGUCGGAGUGCCAGCCGUUCAGUCGCCGCCGUCGGGUGGUGCGCGCGCGAGAUUUCGCUCUGUCCGUUUCGCGUGCGAGCGAGAGAGCUCCGUCGCCGCCGACCCAACGUCACCGUCACCGUCAGUGAGACACUCGAUUGGUGGUGGUGGUGGUGGUGGUGGUGCGAGAGACACACCUGACCGAGUACCCGAGUAGUAGAACAGACCUGGGGAGGACUGGUCGCCCGACGGACGGGACACACUUUGCGCGAGAGGGAGAGAGAGAGAGAGAGAGGAAAACGUCGGCAUCCUGCCGCCGUCAUCGCCGCCGAGCAACGACGACGGACUGGUACAAUUGACAGAGAAGAUGGCGCGAGCCGUCGCCGCGGACGAGGAUCGCUGCUGACCCAUUUUUUUUUUUCCGACGCGCCACCAAAUCUCCGGGAGUCGGGUGCCUCUCGCCGAUCAAGGACGACGACGACUACGGAGGAGGAGGAGGAGUCUCUCCCUCGCCUCCCUCCCCCCCUCUCUCUGGCCCCCCUCGCUCGUUCUCGUUGUUUGAUGUGGGCGAGCGCCGUCGUUCGCGAAGUGUGGUGACAUUCGCCGGGAGGACGACACUCGGCGACAGCAGAGGAGAAGGAAGCCGCAGGAGAGAGGAGAGAGAGAGAGGGACAGCGAGAGAGCGAGAGAGCUAGAGAGAGAGAGCCAAGAGUCGACUCCGAAGGAGGGUCGAGGGUGUGCAGCCGCCCGCGCGCGCUCUCUCUCUCUCUCGCGUCGCGUUCGCGCGCGCGCGCGCGCGCGCUCUUCUACCCCCCCGUGCGUGCGUGCGUGCGUGUGUGUGUGUUCCGUGCGUGGCCUGUUUUUUCUACCGUGUGAUAAUACUAAUCGCGCGAGUGUGCCAUAACCCGCAUUUGUCCUUCCUUUCUCCCUUCUCCCCCACCUCCCUUAUCGUGCGCGAUAUCUCGGUCUACCUGUUGUGUCCGGCGGCUACUGCGGUUCUCUCACCUCCCCUCCCGCUGCCUCACCUGCCAAAAGUUUGUGGACUCUGGUCGUCCGGUUUCGUCGCUCGCGUCUGGAUCUCUUCGCGGUGUUCCAUUGUCGUGGGCAACGUGGCCGGUUGGCAAAAUUCUGAGAAGACCUCAGCUCGGCGGAGCCCUGGCAGGCUCAUCGGCGGCUGCGACGGACGACGUGGAAGCGCGCUUCCGGCUUCCGAAGCUACUACGUAGACGUAGCGGUAGCGGCCCGACGGGGGAUUACCGCGAGCCCGAAGCUGCUCUGGCAGCGGUCUCGGGCGCGAGCAGCCGCACAGCAGCAGCAGAGAUGGGCAACAAUGCCGCGACCGCCAACAAGAAGGUCGACGCCGCCGAGAGCGUCCGGGAGUUCCUCGACAAGGCGAAGAAGGAGUUCGAGGACAAGUGGAAGAAGAAUCCGACCAACACCGCCGCGCUCGACGACUUCGAGCGGAUCAAGACCCUCGGGACCGGCUCGUUCGGCCGGGUCAUGAUCGUCCAGCACAAGCCGACCAAGGAGUACUACGCGAUGAAGAUCUUAGACAAGCAGAAGGUGGUCAAGCUGAAGCAGGUCGAGCACACGCUCAACGAGAAGAGGAUACUGCAGGCGAUCAGCUUCCCGUUUCUCGUGUCGUUGCGCUUUCACUUCAAGGACAACUCGUACCUGUACAUGGUGCUCGAGUACGUGCCCGGCGGCGAGAUGUUCAGCCACCUGCGCAAGGUCGGCCGCUUCUCGGAGCCGCACUCGCGCUUCUACGCCGCCCAGAUCGUCCUCGCGUUCGAGUACCUGCACUACCUCGACCUGAUCUACCGGGACCUCAAGCCGGAGAACCUGCUCAUCGACUCGCAGGGCUACCUCAAGGUCACCGACUUUGGCUUCGCCAAGCGGGUGCAGGGCCGCACGUGGACCCUCUGCGGCACCCCGGAGUACCUCGCGCCCGAGAUCAUCCUCAGCAAGGGCUACAACAAGGCGGUCGACUGGUGGGCGCUCGGCGUCCUCGUCUACGAGAUGGCCGCCGGCUAUCCGCCCUUCUUCGCCGACCAGCCGAUCCAGAUCUACGAGAAGAUCGUCAGCGGCAAGCCGCGCUUUCCCUCCCACUUCGGGUCCGACCUCAAGGAUCUGCUGCGCAAUCUCCUGCAGGUCGACCUCACCAAGAGGUACGGAAACCUCAAGGCCGGCGUAAACGACAUCAAGGGCCACAAGUGGUUCGCCAGCACCGACUGGAUAGCCGUCUUCCAGAAGCGAAUAGAGGCGCCGUUCAUACCGCGCUGCAAGGGACCAGGCGACACCAGCAAUUUCGACGAUUACGAGGAGGAGACCCUGAGGAUCUCGCUCACGGAGAAGUGCGCCAAGGAGUUUGCCGAGUUUUGAACGCUGCGCUGCGCCUGCCUGCGGCUUGGCAAGUUGUUGCUCGCAACGCGGGAGCUGGAGAGAGAUACGACGCGCACGUCGCACCUCUCUUCCGUCGUCGUCACGUUGGUGAUUCGCUUUUUUUGCGAAAAACAGCGAGAGAGAAAGAGAGAGAGAGAGAGAGAGAGAGAGAGAGAGAGAGAGAGAGAGAGAGAGAGAGAGAGAGAGAGAGAGAGAGAGAGAGAGAAAGGGAGAAGGAUGCAUCUGUGUGUGUCAGCGCGCGCGCGCAUCCGCCAAAGUUGUCGGCAAAACGGAGUGGAGCUUUUCUUUUUUUUUUUCUUCCGAGAGCGAGAAUGGAAGGAAGAGUGUGUUGCUCUAGAAAGGGAGAGAGAAGUAGUAUAUGAGAGGCACGUGGUAAUUCACGCGUUUUGUUUUGCGUCUCGCGACCGAGCUCGAAACACAAGAGGGAAUGAGAAACGCGACGGAAACACGGGUUGACACGGUUUACACGCUGGCGUUCAAGCGUCCAAAAGUUAUACACACACACACACACACACACACACACACACACACACACACACACACACACACACACACACACACACAAACACACACACACACAAUACACACACACAAUUUUGGGUUGUACGUAUCAUGUACACGUCACACGCCAGCGUCACUUUUUACAUGAAAUCUUUUUUUAGCCGGUUAAUCGAUUCAUUAACGUAAUAAGAACGACUGUAUACUAUAUAUACAUAUAUAUGGGAGUGUGUGUGUAUGUGUGUGCGCGCGUAUGUGUGUAUUAUGAAUCCGUUUGCCACUCUCAUAUCCCUCUAUCCUCCCCUUUCCCCUGCCAUCCACUGAAGAUAGCUUUAUGAUCCGGUUUACGGAGGAGGCCGUGUGUAAAGUUUGUUCCCAAUGAUUAACUGUUAUCAGCGUCGGAAAUGUCACCGUACCGAAGUUACCUUGUACAUAUAGUCUCUCGUUGUCUUUGCGAACGCGACGUUUCCUAUCUUCUCCUCCGUUACCCUCCCUCAUUCGGUUUCACCCCCUCGGUUUUCUCUUUCGCGUUUAUACACACGACACUCGAAUCGCGAAGGAGGUACCUGUAUCACACUCACACACAUACACACACAUACACUGCGAAGUGGAGUCAUAUCGUUGCAUCAUUCGUUAUCUAUUUGUCUCUAUCUUCUUUACUCGUCGUGAAAGAGAAAUUGUGUGUGAAAGAGAGAGAGAGAGAGAAAGAGAAAGCGAAAGGGAAAGAAAGUACCGAAUGCGCUCGUACUCGUCGUGAGUAUGAUCCAUAUUUGUACAACUAGUCGUCACAUACACGCAACAAACACACACGCGCGCCCAUACGUAAAUAUACACACACACACACACUCACACGCAGAAUAAACACACAUAAAUACGAUAAUGUGAAAUAAUGUUUAUAUAUGAAACACGUUUUCCAUCAAUCGCCGAUGACGGGCCAAUUGGGGGAGACACGUGGCUUUGUACCCGCGCGGUGAAAUUCUCGCGUGAGAGCAACAACAUCUUUCUCCGCACGCAAGACAGACCGGAUGAUGUCUGCGCUCGUCAUCGUCGAAAAUGGUAUACCCGCACGCUACGCAGAAAACGGUUUUAAUCCUCUGCAUUAUGUUGUUCCUCGUUAUCUGCGUUCCCUACCGGGGGCAGAUUAAGCGUUUCAACUCUCCGAGCGCGUAGAGAUACUUGCCAUUUUGGUUGUAUAGGAAGAAAGGGAGGGGGGGGGACGAUGAGUGUCUAUCGUAUUCCAGUGAAUACCGUGAAUAGCAUAAGGCUACACCUUUAUCGCAACACCAAUAUUAGAAGGGACGGGGCUGUUAAGCUGCAAACAGUUUAGAUUGCUAAACAGCUCCCUCGUAAAACCGAACGCCUUCAACCUGUACGCGAGUGUUAUGAUCGUCGACGUCGUCGUAAUGUAGUUGUCUUCGUAUCUUCGAAUUCUUAAAGACUUACCACAGUUACUCGCAUAAAAACGAAAGAGGGAAACAAGCGUAAUCCUGACUAAUGAUCUCAACGGAACGCGACGCGAAACGAGAGGGAGGAGCCGCGGGAGAAAUGUUAGGACAAAAUGUGUUAAACCGUAAAGGAAUUAACGAGUGUCGCGGUAACGAAGCGCAUUGACGUAAAAAAAAAGAACGCACAAUCGGAGGCUAACGGCAGACGAUCGGAGAUCGUGCGAGCGAUCAUCGUCGUCAUCAUUAUUAUCAUCAUCAUCAUCAUCUCCCCCUCUCUCUUUCUCUCCCUCUCUCUCUUUCGGGAAGAGAUCGAGCCGGGAGCUUGGCUCUUUCGAGGCUGACGCCAAAGGUUGUUCUUCGCGCGUCUUGACGUCAACGACAUUCGUCGGUAGACCAAGUUUCGUUAAUGAGUAAAACGCGGGUCGUUCGGAAUUGGAUUGGGCCACACGCCAGGAGCGUGUGACGUGGCGGCCGGGUGUAUCGAUUCAGUUCAGCGAUGGGCUAAACACGCGCGCGGACAAUGCGGAGGAAAUGCGGCACGUAAGUUGACGGUUACGAAACUUUUAUAUCCCUUUAACAUUCGCGACGAGCCGGAUGCCGCUCGCUACGUAUGUCGCGCGUCUCUGGUCGGCGCAGGUUUUCAAAGCCGCUUCCCUUCCCCCAUCCCCUUUCCACCCCCGCGUUUUCAGUCGAUCGAACUGAGAUUCCGACGCAGCCCACGCACGUGUCAAAUUUUGCCGAAAUUACACCGAAGAAAGCGUCGCAAUAUACACAUAGUAACGACAUCAAUUUCUAACAUACGUUAUCAUUAAUAGUCUUUGAAGACCUGCGUCGCAAUCAGCGAUAAUUAACGUGGCCGCCGGGACCCUCCCGCUUGAACGAGAACGGAAUCAAAUCAUCAGCUGAUCGACGCGAUAGGAUACAUCGACGAAUCUUCGCGAUCUCCGGUUAAUAGCGUAAAUUACAGAAAGACGAACGUUCGCUACACACACGUGCGAGUGUAAUUACGCGAAUGACGAUAGAUCAAAGAGGAGGCGUCAUCCCUUCCGCUUGUACUACGCGCAGCCAAGGGGGUGGGAAAAGGAGUAAGGCAAAUAAAUCUUCCUUCGUAUCUUUAUUACCCGAACUUGUACGCGCCGUUCGUUUAUUCGUUUGUUCGUUCGUUUGCACACGCCGCGAUGUUACGGAGGAAUUGGAAUAAGGGAGGAAAGAGCGGUAGAGAGGGAGAGUUUUGAUGCGACUCGCAGCGAAAUAAGCGAAGCACUUGGCGCGGCUUCGCGACGAGAUUUUGGGAUAACGAGAUCUUGGCGCGGUAUGCAAUUGCGCUCGCACGUUUGUACGCGUGCAUUUUACACACACACACACACACACACACACACACACACACACACACACACGUCUAAGAAAUAAUCGAAUACUAAACAUAACAGAGCUAGACCACUUGAGACGAGAUCGCAUUGAUGUAAUAGUUGGACAAAAUGGCUUUGUCACUUCUGCAGUUGUUACUCGUACGGUGUAACGGAUGUGAUAAAUGGAUACACAUUAUUUGCUACGGUAACAGGUUCUUCUCAAGCUUCUUCUUUUCCGUCUUCUACCACCAGAGCUCUAUAUAUUAUUUUCAGUUCUACAGUUCCGUGUAUUGUCACGAGAACUCGUCCCAAUUACAUAAAUUCGCGACAAUCGUGUUAUGGAAUUCUGAACACAUCUUUCAGUAUUCGAAUUUUAAUUGGUUCAAACGAAUUACAUUAUGUUCUAAUUACAGAUUUGAGAAUUGCAAAAUUUCAUUUAUAUCGCAGCAGAUUAUGAAUAUAUAAUUUAUAAAAGCAAAUUCAGGUUACUACAGACAGUAUUGUAUAAAAUUUAAUUUCUGCAGUAAACGGAUUUGAUAUCCAUAUUUAAAGAGCGAAUUAAGAGCAGUUCAUGUUUAUUUUUCGAUUCAGAAUUUCCUAUAUUUGAAUAUAUGACGUUCCUCACUGCGAGAGCUGUCCUUCGCUCUCGGAAUCCGGAUUAGUCAAAUUGAGCAUUCACUGUUUUUUCAAUAUCGCGAUUGUCUUUCGAUGGCCAUCGAGAGUGCUUGUAUUUUCAAGAUAUCACUCGCUCCGUCAAUAAUCGAUCUCGAGAAUCUUCAGGCGAUUUGCUAUCGCAUUCGAUCCGCAACAAACCUCGACUUGUCUUUUAUAUAAAACGGCAGUACAUAUCGAUUCGCAUUCCUACGCUGUUCUUUUAUGCAAUCAUUACUUAUUUCACCUAUUGGAAUCUAGCGGAGAAGUUUUUUUUUUUUACAUAACGCGGAAUAGAGAUAGUACAUUUCAAGUAACUCGCGCUGUGCAAUUUAAUUUAACUUACUAUUCUUUCCCGAACCUCUCGUUCCUUUUCCUUAUUUGUUGAUUCAAGUAAUAUCGCAAUGUGUUUCUGCUAGCGUUGCUUUUGAUCUCUUCCCGACGAUUAAUUCAAGUUCAAUAUUGAUAUUUCAAGUUGGAGAGUGCUAUCUAUCUACCACUUUCUCAGCGAUGCGAUUACCGCUCGUAAUUUUCUGUUUUCAAAAUUUGAUAAGACGUAUAAAAAGAGUAGAAAGUGAAACUUCGAGAUAUCCUUUAAUAAACGUCAGGCGAAGCUGCGCGCCGUGAAUAACUUUGUCAAAAUGUAGACGCCACACGUGGAAGGUUCUAAUUUUGUCGUAAAAAUCCGUAAAAGUUAUUACACGGAUUUCUCGAAACAAGGAAUGUACACGGGCGAAUGUUGUUCGAGUUGCACAAACAUUAAUAUAAAUGAUCCGUAAAUGAUCCCCGUAAUUUUCGCCGGAGACCUCUGGUUAUUACCUCACGUUAUUACCUCGUGUGUGUACGCGUGAUAACCGUUAUCAGUUAUCAUUUACUAUCGGAUCUCAUAGAGGACGAAUCGUUAUUGCCGGAGAUGCAGAGAAGAUAAUCAUAAAGAGUGUUGAUUAGAAUAUUUGUUUAUUUAUUUAUUCCAACAGAAUUCGUAUCAUUCGAAAAAUUCUCGCGAAUUCGUGUCGAUUGUGAAAAAAAAGAAACGAUUACCUUGCAUGUCCUGUAUUUAUCGCCUUUUGACGAUGAAUACUCUCGGGAAAAUUUCGUUAUCAAUAUUUCGAAUUUUCGAAUUUCGUUAUCAUUUUUUUUUCCUCCGCACUAACUAUGUUUCGGUGAAAAUUUUUUAUCGUAAGAAUUAUCAGGUAUUUCGACGCGACGAUGCGCAGAAUUUUGAUUAACGAGACAUCGAGUCACCGUGAAAAUAGCACUCAAAAAGUGGUUACGAUUAUCGAUGCCUUAGCCGCGAGGCGAACAGUAUUAAUUUUUAUCCAACGACUAGGAUGAUUACGCUCGCGAUCGUAUUAAUGUUUUAUUGCCGACAUAUAUUACGACAGGGAGGAAUACGACAGGACGAAUUAUUGCUACUUGUAUGUUUGAUAGGAACCUUCGUUGUUCUUUCCGUAAGGCGAGGUAUCUCGGGCAUUUGUUUCCGGAUGGAUAAUGCGAUAUCGAUCGGCGGUUCACGAUAUUAAGGACUAUGUCAAUAACAGCGUAGGCACGUCAGACACGUAAACUACAAUGCGAUAAAAAGGGGAGGAAGGAGAGAGAGAGAGAGAGAGGGAAAGAGUGUGUGUGUCCGUUUUUCCAUGCAAAAAAUAAUCUUGUCGCGCGAUCGCGAACUUGGCCUUCCGUUGAUCGCGCAGCGCAUAGAAUCGCAUGGCCGUUGGUGUUUCGAAGAUUGAAAGGGAAUAUAUCACUUCCCACGGUCUGCAUACACACACACACACACACAGACACACACACACACACACACACACACAACUGUCAUUUAACAUAUUUAAUUUAAUAGACGAUACAGGCAGGUUUUAUACAUUCUCGUAUCUUCCAGUACAACACCAAGGAACACGUUUAGUUUAUGUCGCGUUAAGGGAACGCGAAGCGUAUUCCUCACGUUACAUAUCACUGCGUGUGCUCCGUGCAGGAAGUCAACAAUUCCCGAAAGGUUAAACUCUAAUUCCGUAUGAUAAAAUGAUGCGGUCAGAAGCAGCCGCUACAAUAAUUUCUUACGAUGACCUUUGCGUUUACGACGCGCAUGAAACGCGCCACACUAAACGAUCGAUUUUUCGCGGUGCGAUCGCGGUUUCGCAGGACGUUUCGCUGUGCGUCCUUAACUUAAUUGGCCACCGCUUGUCUCCUGUUUCCCCCCCCCCCCCCCAAUUGGCCGCGACACGGCAGGAGGUUUGUUGCACCUGCGGGAAGCUUUAAUCGACGUAUUGCGGCUCGCGCAGACUCGCGCGGGCGCAAACGUUUCGUGUAAAUAUUAGCGAUAGGUAACAGAAUAGUUCGUAUAUCGUCGUGUUCACUGCGGUGUGGUUCCUUUAUAGAGCGAUUCUCUCCCCUGAAUAUCUUCGCGUUUCUAGCUUAAGCCCGACGUUGCACCGAUUGGCGGCGGUUCCUGUUUAUCUUAGCUCCGGUUUCGAAACCAGCCUCGAGAGUUAAUUCCGGUCCAACGCAUCCAUUGUGUGUCCUUCUUUUUUUUUUUUAGGAAUAACAAUUCGUAUCCUCGCCCGCGUGGCAUUUAACACCAAACGCGACACCGCCGCGUUUCCAUGUGUUCUCUUGUGUUCUGACACGUGGAGAGUAGGAGUCCGGAGCUGGAGUCGUGACGGAGGAACGGACAGAGGCCUUCGUGUUUGGUGUUAAACGCGGCGGCGGUGAAUACGCACCGAGCCAAUAACAUAGAGAACUCGCGCGGUUCAGAUUUAACCGAAGCUGUUGAAACCGGGGCGGACGUCUUCUUCUUCUUCUUCUUCGCCCUGUCUCCCCUUUCUCUCUUUCUCUCUUUGUCUAUAUCAUAGCUAGGACUUUAAUCCGGAAAGGGACGAGAUUAAUUGGCGCCCCGGUUAAAAACGUCAAAGUCAGGAACGAAAAACCCGGCUGCCCGGUCGGUGCAACCUCGGUGCUGAACAAUCGUCUUAACAAUUGCCCCGAAGGAUGUACGUGUGUAUGUACGAAGGGCACGCACCGAGGAACACGAAGGUAGGCACACAGGGACAACACACGUGUACCUGCGGAUUUUUCCCGGCCCCUUUGUAUAUUAUCCCCCGCAAUUAUAUUACUUUUAAUUCAGUGUUCUUCGUAUCACACACAGAUGUACAAGUGUCGUCCUAUUUAUAUACGUAGUUUAUUCCUCGAUCCCAAGCGAUCGGUCGUUACGCAAUCGCCGCGCGCGCGCGCGCACGCACGCACGCACAUACGCGUACAUAGGGAUAUACACGUACACGUACAUACACGUGUACGCACAAUCGCGCCUGUCCGCGCAGAUAUUCGCACCAGUUAUCGAAAUGUCUCGUUAAAGUUCGCCCGCCGUUUUAAAUUGCAUCCGGCACGUGCGCCGGCAUGUGGCGCCUUUAUUAUACUUUGCCUCUUUGUGUUGUUUUAUUGCGUCUUCUUAAGUACUUUGGUCGUCGCGGCUCGUCAAGAUACCGAGCGUUUCUCAAACUUGUGCCACUGAGAGAACGAUGUAGAUGCGCAAUACGUUCGUUACAAGAUUGAGUCCCGUGAUCCUUAAAUCGAAACGUGACGGUCACCGCUAAAAAUUUAUAAAUCAUAUGUAAUCAGUUUUUUUUUUUUUUUACAUUUGUAAAUUUCUAGCGGAAAUGCGUCGAGUUGACUAAUGAAAUUACUUUUACAUCAUAUUUCGAUGAGGCGAUAAGAAGAUGCACCGAGAGAAAUCUCAUCGGACGGCAUUUCCGAUCGGAUAAUUUGUUGCAUGUUUCGAUUUAAGAGUCAAUACGAGAGUUACAUCUCCAUUUUCUUAACCGCUUUCUCUAUGAGUCCAGCAUGUGGCGGCAUACUUCCAUGUAAAAUCCGUCGCUUUCCAAAUUUCUUUCAAUUUCACGUUACUUAACUCUAACACGGAGCGACGAUCAUUCGACAUAUUAUCGCGGCGAACGAUUUAAAUCUAAGUGGUUUCCUCAAAUUACGGUAUUUGUCGAACGCUCGCGUUCCUCGGGAAUUUUUCCUCGUCGUUCAUGGUAUUUUAAAAAGGCGGGGGGAGGGGGGGGAGGGAAAGAAACGAAAGAAAAAUGCAGCGCCGAAGGUCUUGUACGCGCGUCGUCACGCGACUCCGCGACGCUGAUUGGUUAUUAUACGAGCGCCGCGACGACGACGUUUCGCCAGAAUGCGGCUUGGUGAACGCGGAUUUCGCGUCGCCGCUUUACACUAUAUCGCCGUCGUCCCACUUCGAGAACGCCUCUCUUCCGCAUUGAUCCGUUCAAUCUCGCUCGCCCCGUCUUCUCUCGCCGCGCCCGGAUUAAAUUGCGCGAGUGGAAAAGUGUUUCCCCUCUCCCUCCUCCGCCGUCCCCCGUUUCGCGGGGGGUUUUCUCGUAAUUUCUUUUCGCUCUCACGAGGGGAAACCUUUUCGUAAACACGAUCGACCCGCGUAUCCCACUGUAUGCACUCUGUCAUUCUUGGCGUCCCUCAAGGCUGCAUUAAUUGUUUGCUAAAAUGUCGCGGCGUUCUUUGCGCCCUUUGGAGAAACCUUAUUCACAAAGACAAAGUAAAUUAUUCACGCAAGUUACAGCGGAUUGUAAUUGAUGUAUCGAUUGAUAUCGAUACAUUAGGGAGCGUCGCGUUGCGAUGUGAAUGCAAGUGACGACCUUUUCCUUCGUACGUAUUUUUGACAAAAUUCUGGCAAGGCACAACAACAGCGCGAGGCCGCGCGAGGAAAAACCCCCUCUCGCGAAGUUUAUAUUUUCUCACAAUCUGCUCGCAACUGUGGUAAGAGAUUUCUGAUGUCUUUCCAAGGGCGAAAAGAAGGUCCGUCCUCGAAUCGAGGAACCUCCAUACAAUUUGCCCGAGUCCUUGCGCGUCUCGGUAGCGUCACGUUUAUUUUCAGUUAUGAACUUCAUAAUUUGCGAGAGAUUCAUCACGUUGGUCAUUACUCCGAAUUUGUCGUUGGCCCGACCGAGCGAGCGGUCGGCAACGCCCCGGGGGGGAGACUGACGUAACUCGAUACGUAAUUAAUAGCGCGAUGGAACGCGCGCUAUUUAGAUCUCGCGCUCUUCAUUUCCAUCCAGAAUCUCUCUUCUCUCUUCUCAUCGUUUCUCCCGCCGCGCGACAAAGUUGCGCUCGCUUGCGUAAUUGCCUCGUCUCGUAAUAAGUCUCUUCUCUCCGUCGUCGCGAUCCAAUCCCGGACCCCGACGCCGAAGGCGCGUAUAAAUACGUCGCCUCGAAAAUUCGCGCAUCUGCCUUUGCGCAUUUAACGAGGCAAUUGUCAGAUGCGCGCCUCGCGCCUGCGAUGCCGGAUCUUUCGGGAUAAACAGUUACCCAAGACAAUAGAUUUCAACGGAGUCAUCGUCGCGUAAUCGGUUACAUUUUUUAAAUAGAGAAAUUGAUAAAAGUAAUUUACACAAGACACUGUCAUUCGGAAUUUGCAAGAAAAUAUUUUUUAUAUAAUUCUCUUUAUUUUUUUUUUACAAAUAAAUUAUUUCGACUUUCGUAUAUGUAUAUAUUCUGACCUCGAAUUAUUUAUUCCGCUAAUAAUCUUGUCUCGCGAUGAUCAAUGAUAUCUUUUCUAAAAGAAAAAUGGAAGAGAGAUUAAAUUCGCACUCUGAUUAAUGAUAGAACGCUGGGCUUUUACUCAUUAAAGUUAAAUAUCGUUUUUCUUCCGUUUCUUUCGGGGCUUUCGUCCUUUCAAUUGUUCGUUUGAGAGAAACCGAAAUUAAAAUCGAACUGUUUAAUCUAAUUCGUAAGGAGAUAGAUACAGAUGAACGAGUUUGAUUUUCAAGCUGGUGCAUGCAAUUAUUCGGAAGGAGAGGAUAGGAAAGAGCGGUUCUUCUUUCAGUUUGUUGGAUCCUUUCUUUUUUCAGAGAAAGAAAUCGCUGCAUCUUUCAGAUUCUUUGCCCAUUAACAUGCGAUCUCUAAUACGUCGCUCAUUUAUUGGAAGAAUAAAUUUGUUUUCUGGAUAACGAAAAUUUAAUUGAUCAGCACAUUCUUCUCCAUGUUAUAUUUUAUAUCAUAUAACCCGUCUGAUGUUUCUCCUCAUUGGUAUUCUUUGCGCUCGGAUGUCGCUUUCUUCUCGGCACACAAGAAUGAAUCCCCUGACGUCGACAAAAUAAUAUUCUUCUGCGACAGAUUAAUUAAUCGCGAGUCCAGAAGGCUCGAUAAAUAUUAAUUUUGUUACGGUUUUCUAUAAUCGUUGAAAGGAGAGUUUUAUAUAUAUACAUAUGUAAUAUGUAUAUAUAUUAAACUUUUCGUAAUAAUUCCUAAAGUUCGAAAGAGCUAAAGAGUCAUGUAAGAAUCAUUGUGAAUAAUAUAUACAUAUACAUAUAUGUUACGAAUCUGAUUGUAAUUUUAAGAAUAUAGAUUAGAUAAUUAGAUUUCACACGAAUCUCUUUCGUAUAUACAUAAUAUACAUAUACAAUUAUUACUUGUAUUAUUAAUUAUUAUUUGUGUUAUUAAUAUAUAUUAUUUUUAUAGAUUUAUUAUAAAUAUAUCAUCUGUUAUUAUUGGUUAAUAUUGAUUAUUAUUUGAUUAGUAUUAUUUACCUCUCUCUCUAAUUGAUAGACUUGACCUAUCUGCUUCUCCGUCUUUAACUUUACUUAUUUUCUACGGCGUAAAAAUAUGCCGGCGACUGUGUUGUAUUCGUUCUUAUCGUGGAUUUACACGCUGCUCGUGUUACGUGCAGUUACGCGAGAAAUGUAGACGCGAAAGGGAAAUGAUUUUAUAACAAGGCUUUCACACGUAAAUCUCCCGCUGGUUGGCACGCAUAAUAUCGCGUAAUUGCCGAGUACAAGCGCCUUUUGUACUUUUAUACUGCAUCAGCAUAUUUACUAUUUAGCAGUAUAUGAGCUAUUCAGUUUAAACUUUAUGUCAUCCUAAAACACUGACUGUUGAUUUUCUAAGUAACAUUUCCUUAUUAUGCAUCCUGGAUCAAGUUCUCUGCUAAAUCCUACUCAACUUUUACAUCUUGAUUAACUGCAUAUGCUAAAUUAUAUUGCAUCGAUAGAGCUGAUAUAAAAAAGAAUGGGACUGUUACAUAAUGUAAAUGACAUAAUUUAAAUAAUCUUAAGUAAUCUUGUCAAAAUAAUCAUUAAGCUAAUGUCUAAACAACAAUUUAUAUGUUUCAUCAAUUUUCAAAUAAUCUGAAAUAGGGAUAAUGAAAGAUACAAGUAUUCUUACUCUUAAGAUAAUUUAAUAAAUUCCUCUUUUUCUUGCACUUAUCAAUACUAUUUAUCUGCUUUAUCUGCUAUAUAAAUAAUAAUUAGACAUAAUCAUAA